ACUCUUCACUACUCUCUCCACGAAACAAAAACAAUAAUAGAGAAAAAUAAAAGAGUAAGGAAAAGAGAUGGCAAUUAGGUGUUUAACUGUGUUCCUGGUUGCUCUCAUGGUGGCUCAAGCUGUUACCGCAACAAGACCGGCUCCAACUAAGAAUGUCGGAGCUGGUCUUGACGACCAAAAGAACUUUGUGGCUUUCGGUGGCAUCGGUGGAGCUGCUGGAGUUGGUGGAGUGGGUGGUAUUGGAACUGGUCUUGGUGGUGUCGCCGGUGGAGUCGGUGGUGUCGCCGGAGUCUUGCCUGUUGGUGGCGUAGGAGGCGGAAUUGGUGGUCUAGGCGGUGGUGCAGGUGGUCUUGGCGGUGUAGGUGGUCUAGGUGGUGGUUCAGGUUUUGGCGGUGGUUCAGGUUUUGGUGGUGGUUCAGGUCUUGGUGGUGACCCUGGACUCGGCGGUGGUAUAGGUGGACUCGGCGGUGCAGGUGGUAUAGGCGGUAUAGGCGGUGGUGGUGGUUUGGGUGGAGUUGGCGGUGGAAGCGAUUGCGGUGGCGUAAUUCCUCACCAUUGAUGUUAAACGUUUUUAUUUUGCUCUCUGCAAACCAAAGAUCGGUCAAAAGGUUCAUAGUUAUUAUGUUUUAAGUUCUUUUAUCGAUGUUUAUGUUUGAGUCUUUGUUUGUUUUCUAUAUAUGUUUGUUUUUGGUUAUGCUGUUUGUUAUUAUUAAUUACUUGAGAGUUGAGAACCUUGUGCUAUCAAUAAAUAGUGUAUUCUGUUUUUGUUUUUUUUUUGUAUUACUUGCUUGUGCUCCAAGAUAAUGAAAUAGUUGUAAUUUGCAUGCA